GAGUCAUUUACCGCGAAGAAGAACCCGCAGUAGCAGUAGAAGAAGAAGUAGAAGAAGAAGAAGAGCGUAGCGUUACCUCCCGGCCAGUUAGCAGCUGGCUAAGGUGAAGCUAAAGCUAACGUGAUGACGACGGUCUCUAAAGUGGUUCUGGGAGUUUCUGUGGUUCUGACUAUAAGUACCGUGGCUGCUGUGCACCUCAACCAGUCCUGGGACCGACAGCGUCUCCACCAAGGCGUCGUCAGGGAUCUGGAGCGCCUGGAGAGGAAGAAGGAGAACCUUCGUCUGCUGGAGGAGCAAAGGGCUCUGACCUCACAGCUGGAGGAGGAGAGACGGCGCAGAGAGGCGGAGCUCCGCCCACAGGACCGCUGA